AUGAAGGAAGAUAAGGACACGGUUAUGUUGGAGCCACACCAGGGGUGUGCUGAUGAUCUGAUAAAUCAGAUAAAGAUGAAAAUCCUUGGGAAUCACACACAUGGACAUUUCACACAAGGCCAUACGACUUUAAGUGUGAAGUCUGAACAUGUACAAGUUAAAAAAUUAGAGCCAGGAACAUGUGUGGAAGAAGAAACCACUUCCAGAUACAAAGGAACAUAUAAGUGGCCAUUAGCCAAUCCUACAGAGACAGCUCAAAGCAGAUGUGUUAAGAAUCCUAGUUGGAAAGCUACCAGAAUUUGCACUAUUGAUGCUGAGAAUGGCAAAUCGAGCUGGGGAGCCCCCCAUUAUGGACCAUGUAAACUGCUCCAGGCACUUCCAGAUGAGAUUGUCAACCUUGAAGAUGUUCUCAUAACUGAUGAGAAUGCCAAUGAUGUUGCCGAGCACAUUUUAAGUCUGAUACAUGGCUCCCCAGGCCUGAACCAAAAAGAAAUCAAGAUUAUUGUUUUGAAGGUGUCUGACAUCUGAAAAUGUGAUGAAUUAAGUCUGAAUCUAGCAGAGAUUCUGUUACAGACACUUGAUGUGGUUUUGGGGAUUGGAUUGCUGCCUGAUCAGCCCUCGCUAAGCAAUGAGAAACACCACAUUUCCCAAAAUGAAAACUUAACCACUUACGUUGUGAGCACCAGUGCUGCAAAUACGUCACUUUGGAACCUGGCCGGUCCGAUAGAAUUCACGUUACAGCAUAUCAGAGGAAAUACGAAGUGGGCUUAUGUCCAGUGUGUAUUCUGGGACUUUGAGAAGAAUGAUGGACUAGGUGGAUGGAAUUCAUCAGGCUGUGAAGUAAACAAAACGGAUGUCAAUUAUACAAUCUGUCAGUGUAAUCAUCCUACUCACUUUGGAGUCUUAAUGGAUUUGUCCAGGUCUGAAGUGGAUAAGGUCAAUGAACGGAUCUUAACAAUCAUAACAUAUUCUGGAUGUGGAAUCUCUUCUCUUUUUCUGGGAACUGCAAUGGUGACUUACCUAGCUUUUCGCCAACUUCGUCAAGAUAAUCCAUCCAAAAUCCUGAUCAAUUUGUGUAUUUCCUUGCUGAUGCUGAACUUGUCAUUUCUGACCAGUUCCUGGUUGGGGGCCUUUGAAAACCCUGGCCUCUGUAUCGCCAUGGCUGUGGUGCUCCAUUAUUUUCUGAUCUCCUCAUUCAUGUGGAUGGGCCUGGAAGCUGUCCACAUGUAUUUUACUCUGGUCAAAGUCUUCAACAUCUAUGUGAAAAAUUACAUACUUAAAUUUUGCCUGGUUGGCUGGGGAGUACCAGCAGUCAUCAUUGGGAGCAUCCUCAUCGUGAAGAGGGAUUUUUAUGGCAUUUUGAAGACAUCCACAUCAUUCUGCUGGAUUCAAGAUGACCUUAUCUUUUACAUCUCCAUCGUGGCCUAUUUUUGCCUCAUAUUUCUCAUAAAUCUACCCAUGUUCUUCACUGUUCUUUUCCAAAUCAAUUCCAUGCAAUUCCAGAAGCAGAAAGUGUGGAGAAAGACGAUCCUAUGUGACCUCAAGAGUACCAUGAGCCUCACCUUCCUGUUUGGUCUCACCUGGGGCCUGGCCUUUUUUGCCUGGGGACCCGUGAGGAUCCUUUUUUUAUAUCUCUUUUCCAUUUUUAACACAACACAAGGAUUCUUUAUCUUUGUGUUGCACUGUCUACUGAAGAAGAAUGUGAGGAAACAAUGGCAAAAGCACUUGUGCUGUGGGAGGUUUCGACUGAAGAACUGCUCUGAUGGGAACAGCAGAUCUGGGUUAAAUUGUGAGCAUAAGCGGAACAGAACACAAAAGAACUGUGAGAAUGGAUUGAUAACACAGUCCCAAGAGUCCACCAAGGCACGGAAUCCACCUCUGUCCACUUUUAGGGGCUUUGAACGAAGGCAUAAUUUGGUCAGGACUUUCCAAAAUGAAGUCUGUAAUGAGAUUGCUUCAUCACCAAAGCACUGUGCUAUGGGAAGACAGCACUUGACAUCGGGAAGACCCGAAUUUGAAUCUUGCCUCAGAAUUUAUUAGCUGUGUGACCUGAGCCAGUCACUUGGGCCACUCAGAGACACCAUUUUUGUUGCUGUUGAUUUUGACUUUAAAAUGGGGGCAGUGAUAGCACCUACCUCCCAAGGUCAUUGCGAGGAUGAAAAGAGAUGUUUGUAAAAAAAAAAUGUUUGCAAAUCUCUUUAUAAACAUGAAGGCACCGCAGAAAUGUUCUGGUUGUUGUUGUUUCCCAUUGAAGAGCAUAAAUAUUAACCAGCUGACUGGAAGCAUCAUUGAUUUUCCUAGGAUUGGUGUGUCUUCGAGCCAGAAUGGACCAGAGUUCCUCUGGUUGGCCCAAUCACAUUUUGGGGCUUCCAUUUGGUAGCAAACAUUGGAAAAGGAGAAACCCAGCAAGUUUGGGGGUGUUAAUUUCAG